AUGGGAGAACACGAGAUACAGGCGACUACCGUCCCCCAAGGGGAGAAGACUAUGCGUGACAAGGGAUGCGACGAUGCCGCAGAGAUGUUCAACGGCGACCUUGUGCUGGAGUACAGCGAAAGAGAAGAGAGUAUUGUCCGCUGGAAGCUUGAUCUAUCGCUCGUCCCUAUGAUGCUCAUCAGUUAUCUACUCUCUUUUGUCGACAAAGGGAUCUUGUCGACAGCCGCAGUUUAUGGGCUCCGAACUGACUUGCGCCUUGAAGGUCAACAGUACAGCUGGUCCAACUCGAUAUUCUACUUCGGGAAGUAUGGUAUUCCUCUGGGGGGGUGUGUCGCGGCUACAGCGGGGGUCACCAACUUUGCUACGCUGGCCGUCGCCCGGUUCUUCCUGGGCGUCUUCGAGGCAUCCAACAACCCCGUGUUUACCCUCCUAGUCAGCCAGUACUAUACCACACAGGAGCAUGCAUUGAGGGCGUGUUUAUGGUGGGCUGGUGGUCCGAUUGCAGCAUUUAUCGGUGACGGCGUAUCGAACGGAAUCGGCCAUUUCCAUGGCGCGUUGGGCAGAUGGCAAUAUCUUUACCUGAUCUUCGGUCCCAUCACCAUGGUCUGGGGGAUAUUUCUCUUUUUCGCCAUGCCUUCCUCUCCAAUGACUGCGUGGUUUUUGACCCCACGCGAAAGGCAGAUCGCGGUUGUCAGGGUAUUGCAAAACCAUACCGGAAUGAAGAAUCGGCAGUAUAAAAAAUACCAGGUCAUCGAAUGCUUCCGCGACCCCCAGGUGUUGAUGCUCUUUGCCAUUGUUUUCCUUCAAUGUAUUCCCGGUGGCGGAUUGACUGCUUUCAACAAAAUCAUCCUCACAGGCCUUGGCUACUCAAGCGUCGAAUCGACAGUGGUUGCUAUGCCCGAACAUGCGAUUCAGCUUGUCUCAGUACUACUUGCUGGCGGAAUCUGUUCCUAUAUCGGCAAAGGACGAUGCAUCGCGAUGAUUUUGAGUAAUAUUUGCGUACUGGUUGGGAGUGUCCUCCUCUACACCCUUCCCGCCGAAAGAAAAAUGUCGCGUCUGGGCGCCGUUUACUCGCUCCUCACAUGUACUGUUUCAUACAUCAUGUGCAUGUCAAUGAUCUCAUCCAACGUCGCUGGAUUCACCAAGAAGAUGACAGCAAGUGUCAUGAUCUUUGUUGGUUAUUGUGUUGGUCAAAUCAUUACGCCGCAGUUCUUCAUCUCUUCCGAAGCACCAACAUAUCCCACGGGCUUCCGUGCAUAUUUCGUCACCGCGUCGAUGAUGAUUGUCAUUCAAGCCGCUUUGAUGAUGUAUUACCUAAAUGAGAAUCGACGACGCGAUAGACGUAGCGAAGCAACGGUUAUCACAGACGAGGGUAACCAACAUCAUAUCUUAGAGACUGAUUUGAUGGAUUUGACAGAUCGGGAACAGCCCAACUUCCGAUAUACUUGGUGA